ACGUCGCGUUUUCAUAGUAUUGAAUAGUGCAUACAUUCAUCUGUUGGAGUACGAUGUGGCAGAGUCUAUGCCUUCCAGUUUCCUUUCAGCUGUAGGUUCUUUUUUUUUUCUUUCCGCGAAAGUUCUCAGCCCGUAUCGCGUGAGGAUCCCAAAAGCUGACUCCCUCGAGGGCGCAGCCAGCUGAAAAGCCCGAGGAAACUGGAAACGCCCUUUUUUGUGAGUGAUUCGCAACACACUUCGAACGGUGCGAAGGAGUCAAUAACGGUCGCAGUCGUAAAUAUGCCGGAGACAGACACCGCUCACGCGACAGAGGAAUGUCAAUCCGCGAGCGCUCAGUCCUUGCAGAUGCGCCGGCACCAAGCCGAGACACGGCCUUUGAGAUAUGCUUGCGAAGCCAGCUCUCCUCCUGAUUGUCGUGCACGGAUGCAUUGAAACUGUACUGUGCCAAAGACCAGGAGCCCACUUGAAAAAGUCUAAGCAGUGGAAGAAUUUCGAGAGAGACUGGGACAUAUUAAUGCAUCACGUAUUCACGCAGGAAGAAGAAGUGCUCCUCUCAAACUGCUGUAACCCAGAACAGUCUAAGGCUGUGGAACGUUGCGUCAAGAGAUCGAGUUUUACCUGGAAAGAAUACAUACAGCUGCAGAUAACGGUGGUAAAAUGGAGGAAUAACAAGAACCACGUCAACGAAAUGGAAGAGAAAAAGAAAAUCUUCGAACUGUUGAAAAGAGGGAAGAUAUCCAUGUGGGUUUUGAUCACGAAGCUCAGGGGACUCAUGGACUGCUUGUGGACAGUUCACAAAAAAAGGCCAAACAACAGCUCGUAACUAAACUGGCAAUAAAAUAUGUACAUUUUCCUCCA